AUGGCUCCCCCGCGACAACGACCAGCCGACGAUUCGAGGUCGGAGGCGUCCAGCGGGACGAGGGAACAGAAGGCUCCUGGGCCCAAGUCUCGAAAACCAGGACCAGGAACCUCUUCUGCUACUGUCGCUUCCUCUGUGAACCCCAAAGAUAUGAAAGUGGCGGCUGCAGUCAGCACCGUCGCAACGCUGCCUGAGACGGAUCAGGAUGCCCCGAGUCAGACUGAGGAAUUGCCUGGACCUUUCCUUUUUGAAUUGUGUUCUCUCAAAUCGAAAUUCUCUGCAGAGACUGACUGGACCGUUUUUCUUUUGUGUCAGAUCCCCUGGGCUCAGAUGCCCCUCUCCAUCCUCCACGACUACCGCCACGCCUACAAGCUGUCGACCCCCAGCGCAUACUCCAAGCCAUACUCCAAGAUGCUCCUCUCCUACGGGAUUGGUCUCCGGUCCCCGACCGCGAUCGCCGCCCGACGGGCCCAAUUGCUACAAGCUCGACGUGCGAUGAACGGCUCUUUCCUCAAUGAUCAGCAAGGAACAUCGCCAUCUGGAGAAUUGGCUGCGACGACGACCGAGAACGGUUUGCGCGGAGACUAUACACGGAGUAACAAUGUGGCCCAUCUGUCGGACGACGAUCUUGACAGGCACGACCGCAAUCUGCACCGCAUCAUCGGCCAGGGCCGGGUCGGCAAGGAGCAAUUGGCGCUAGCGGUGCGUAAACACUUCAACAGCGCGGGCCUGGUGGAGCAGGAGGCCAUUGCCAGGUUCUUAUACAAGGUCCGAGAAGAGGGGAAGGGGCGGGAAUUCCGCCUUCGGUUUCAGCCAUAG